GCACAGAAUGACUUCCAAGUCAACUGAGGUCUCUUGAGGCUUCUCUGAUACUACCAUUGUUGGUAGUUGCACGUGAUUUAGCUUUGCUUAAAUUGGACCUCAACUGAAUUAUGUAUUUACCUCUUACACAUAAUCCAAGAACCAUGUUCCUUAUGGAGCAGUUUGUUCCGAUCACUAGAAAGCUAAUCCAUCACAAAUGCUGUUGUUUAAAAUAUAUAUAUUUUUUCCCUCCUAGUGACAAUGCUUUUCUUCUGACACCAGAGCUCUCUCCACGGAAGCUGAGAGGCCUGCCUUUUGAAAAAGCAGCAGGAUGCCAUUAUCAUGGGCUGGAAUACUGUCUUGAUAACAGGAAAGCUUUAGAGAGAGAUGUGGGAUAUGCUGAACUUCAAACUCGUCUUAUUCGUUAUGAAACACAGACCACCUGCACAAAAGAGUGCUGUCCUGUACCAUGCGUCUUGAGCCCUCUUCCAUCUCCUGCAGUAUUGUCAGAGCCUGGUAGCGUGCCUGAUGGGGAAGCUUUACAAAGUGAGUUCAGAACAGAAACAUCAAGGCUAAAACGCAGAUCAAAAGACUUGGAUUGCUUUUAUCCCAACAAAAGACUAACAAAAUCUGAAAGCACAGAUUCUGUCCUGUCUCAGGCAAGUGGAAGUAGUGGGAGUCACCAUUCCAUUGCUGUCACAAGACAAUCCUCAGAAAGAUCAAGAUCUCUAACUUCUGUGCCUGUUAAGCAACCAAGUAAUCAACCUCAAAAAGUAUCCAUGAAGGCUGGCUCAACAAGUCAGAGAAGUUCGCAAGAGUCAGAAACUUCAAAGCCAGUGAAAGAAUCAAGAUCUCAGAAACAUACACGGAUGCUGAAGGAGGUGGUUGCUAAAACACUUCAGAAACGCGGCAUUGCAGAGGACCACGAAUGCUUUGCAUCCUGCAGCCAGCGUCUGUUUGAGAUAUCCAAGUUCUACUUAAAGUGCUCUCUCUCACUUUCUGUGGAGUGCACAGCAGUCCUGCCCUUUUUUCACCUGGCAGCAUUGUAUGAAAUCACAUCACCCAGGUUUUUACGAAAAGAUGAAGUAUUUUUUCAGAAGAACCAAAGUGAUUUGUAAGUCAGUGGCUCUUUAAGAUAAACACUUGAAAACCUUAGAGCUGUAAGGAAUCAAAGAAUAAGGGGCAAACCCAGCUCAUAGGAGAUAGAGAAGAGUUGAUGAGAGAAGAUGGCAUCAGAUCCGUUUCCUUGUGGGAUACUGAAAGGAAGGAAAAGGGAUGGAGAGCUUAAAUCUGACGUUUGAGAUGAGAGAGAGAAACCUGCUGCCUUUGGCCUUCCAAAGGCCUGCUUGUCUGAGGUCACCACCAGACUUUCCCCUAUGGUACUAACUGGUGCAGCCCUCACCUGAAACUUGCGGGAACUUUUCAAAUCCAGCUCUAUACUGCACUGUAGGGUAGUGCUAAUGUUGUGGUAUUAUGAGCUCCCCAGAGAUGGGUUGCAUCCCUUAAAGGGGGCAGAAUGUAUGCAAUAGAUUGCUUUUCCCUUCCUACUACUUUUUAUCUAUUCAUUACUUCCCAUGAGCUUUGACUGCGGAGGGAUAAGACUCCAUCAGAACAUCUCUGCCCUGAUGAGGUGAUUUCUCCCUUCUGAUUUCCACCCCUGCUUACCAACUUAGCUCCUUCAUUAAAUUUAUUUCUGAGUCCUGCUCUUUGUUAAAGGCUGUGUCAUACACCCUUUGGUAUAUAGGCUUUUCCAUUUUUAGAGUUGUUAGAGUUUUGAGCAUCCUAUAGUGGAUCUGCUACUUUGAAAAACCAUAUAGGGAGCAGGAAGGGACUAAAACUAUGAAACCUCAGUGACAAGUUUGGGCAAUCUCUGGUCACUACAGGAGAGGCAUAAACCAGUUUUAAUGGAUUUGGAGUGAGGACAGAUAUCUGGUUAACCCAUUUUCUUAGGUGAGGGAGUCCUAGCUGGUCCUCCAUUAGGAGUACAAUGGGGCAAAUCCCUGCAAGUAACCUAGUGUCAUAGAGUAGGUUAUGGAGUUGGUAUGUCGGUGUUCGCAGCCCUCUUGGUUUCAUUCUUUACAA